UUUUUUUUUUAUCCUUUGCUGUAGGAAUGGGAUUGUGACUUCAUAUUGUGCUAUAAAUUGAUUCUCCUUUCUCUCAAAUUUUAACUGUGGGAGCAAUAGAAUAUUUUGUGACCACCAUGGAGAUACAGACUUGUGGCAAGCCCAUUGAUUCCUUGCUGGAGAAGGUGCUUUGCAUGAACAUUCUGUCAUCUGAUUACUUCAAGGAGCUCUAUCGGUUAAAGACAUACCAUGAAGUUAUUGAUGAGAUUUACAAUCAAGUUGAUCACGUAGAGCCAUGGAUGACAGGAAAUUGUCGUGGCCCUUCAACUGCUUUUUGCCUUCUCUACAAGUUCUUCACCAUGAAGCUGACUGUCAAACAAAUGCACGGGCUACUAAAACACCCCGAUUCACCUUACAUUAGAGCGAUUGGAUUUCUGUAUCUGAGAUAUGUCGCUGAUCCGAAAAUUCUGUGGAGCUGGUAUGAGCCUUAUGUUAAAGAUGAUGAGGAAUUUUCUCCUGGAUCCAAUGGUCGAAUGACUACAAUGGGUGUAUAUGUUCGUGAUCUGCUUCUUGGACAGUAUUACUUUGACACCCUCUUUCCACGCAUCCCUGUGCCUGUACUGCGGCAGGUAACGACUAAUCUUGAAAAGUUGAAGCUACCUACUACACAUUCUGGUUCAACAGGUGAAACUACCCGUCAUGGUUCUGAUGAUACUGCCCGUCGACCACCCUCUGUAAAAGCAGCCCUGUCAGUGUCUUUUGGGCAGCGUGCACCACAUCGUGCCUCCACAAGGGAUUCUUCACCUAUCCGCCGUACAGCACCUGCCCCUCACGAAAGAAAUGGCAGUGAUGACAUAAGAAGAUCUCGCAGCCAGAGUCGUGAAUAUUCUGACCGGGACCGAGACCGAGACAGGUCGAGGUCCAGGGACAGGGAUCGAGACCGAGAAAGGGACAGGGAUCGAGAACGUGAAAGGGACAGGGAUCGGGAGCGUGAUAGGGACAGGGAUAGGGACAGAUAUCGUGACCGAGAUAGGAGCAGGGACUUGGAUCGAGAGCGGGAUCGGGAAAGAUACCGGGAUCGGGAUAGGGAUUAUGAGAGGGACAGACACAGGAGAGACAGGGAUCGGGAAAGAGAUAGAGAGCGAAGUUACGAUUACGAUAGGAGGUCUCGGUAUCCCGAGAGGGAAGGCAGUCGGGAUUAUGACAAUGGCAGUAGGCGUCAUCGUAGUAGGAGCAGGAGCCGAAGUAGAAGUAGGAGCAGGAGUAGAAGUCAGAGCUUGCAAGCUGGCACUGCACGGUUCGACUCACGGUCUAGUCCACAGAGAGAUGGAGGCAAGAAGGCUUCUGCAUCCAGUAAUCUAGCUAAACUUAAAGAUAUGUAUGGCGAUUUAGGCGAUAAUAAAGGAGAUGCCAACGUGGAACGUAUCCCUAGAAGGGAUAAUGGAGGUGAAGAGGUUAUUCGACUUGGUGGUUCUAAUUGGAGGUAUUGAUAGGCAUUAUGGAAUUGCUUGUAUGGGAUCUUUUCAUUUGUCUGUCUUUCUUGGUUGACAAACUGUUAUGAUUCAUUAAUGGGAUCUAUAUAGAUAAUGUAUACUAAAUUUGUUCCUGUUACAUUGAAUUUCAUGUUUUGUAAUAGCAAGCUUUAGACCAAAGAUCAUUCCAUGUAGUCCAGAACUACUCUCUUUCUAUUUGAUUAGUUGAAACUGAAUAUUUUACUGCUUC